CGAUUUUGAAGUCUUCUGUGGGCUGCCUGGGAAUUGCGAAAAAUGGAUGCUGACAGCAACCAGGUGGUUCCAAUAUGCAAUACGAAUUAUCCAACCACUAUUAAGACGCAUCCACCUCUGGAGCGGACGGUGAGCUUGGCCAGAGACGGGUCGGUGGACUUUCGAGGAAAUACAGCAGACAAGAGGGCCUCUGGGCGUUUGAAGGCCAAUGCAUUUAUUAUUGGAAUCGAGAUUGGGGAGAGACUGGCGUUUUAUGGAAUUUCAGCAAAUCUGGUGACAUACCUAACACAUGUAUUACACGAGGGGACGGAGAAGUCGGCUGCAAACGUGAACAACUGGAUUGGGACGACGUUUAUCGCACCGCUGCUUGGGGCGUUCCUCGCUGACGCAUUCUGGGGACGGUUUUGGACCAUCCUCAUCUGCGGCGUCAUCUACUUCGUGGGGUUGGUAAUGUUGACACUUUCGGUGACAGUGAGCGCGUUUAAACCUCCCGGUUGCUUCAUCUCGCCUUCUGAUGGUAUUCAGCAGUGCCCCUCUGCCACUGCAGGUCAAGUGGGGUUCUUCUACUUCGCCCUGUACCUCAUGUCCCUUGGUGGAGGCUGCAUGAAGCCAUGUAUUGCUGCGUUCGGCGCAGAUCAAUUUGACGAGGAGGACAAGCGCGAAAACGAGAUGAAGAAGUCGUUCUUCAACUGGUGGGUAUUUGGGAUUAGUCUUGGUGCACUUGUCUCAGCGACUGUACUGGUUUACGUUCAGUCAUACAUAAGCUGGGGUUGGGGAUUCGGCACUCCCACCGUGCUCAUGGGGAUAUAUCUAGUACUUUAUAUUCUGGGGUCCAAAUCCUAUCGCCAUAAGACGCCAGUGGGAAGCUCGUUCACACAAAUUGGCCAAGUGAUUGUUGCAGCGGUUAGGAACUUCCGCAUCCAAGUUCCUGCAGAUCCAGCUUUGUUGUAUGAAGUUGAUGACAAAGAAUCGCUUCAGGCUGGGGCGCGUCACAUUACACAUUCCAAUUCCAUGAGGUUCCUCGACAAAGCAGCCGUGCUACCAAAUCCAUCCGAGGGGUCAAGUAGCGACAUACAGAAGCAUAGCCCAUGGAAGCUAGCAACUGUGACAGAGGUAGAGGAGGUGAAGCUCGUGCUCCGAUUACUGCCGAUUUGGGUGGCUGCGUUAAUAUUUCAAACUCCUUCAGCGCAGAUUUCGACGUUCUACACCCGGCAAGGAAGUACACUGAACGUUAACUUCGGCCCCAACUUCAAAAUCCCCGCCGCCUCACUCCAAAGCAUCAUUCCCAUCACAAUCGUUUGUCUCAUCCCCAUUUACGACCGCGUUUUCGUUCCUAUUACACGGCGCUUUACGGGCAACGUGCGAGGGAUUACCAUGCUCCAACGAAUUGGAAUCGGCAUCAUCCUCUCUUUUCUGUCCAUGGUUUGCGCUGCUGUUACUGAAGUCUACCGAGUCAAGGUAGCGAGGGAGCAUGGCCUUCUCGAUCAUCCUUUCCAGACACUUCCACUCUCCGUCUUUAUCCUACUGCCACAAUACGUCUUGCUCGGCGCAGCCGAGGUAUUCACCUCCACAGGCGCGCUCGAGUUCUUCUACGACCAAGCGCCGGAUUCUAUGCGCAGUCUGGGCACAGCCGUCUUCCUGAGCACCAUCGGCAUCGGCAACUUCCUGUCCAGCAUUCUUCUGUCCGGCAUCGUGAAGGUGACGAGCUUAAGCGGCCAGAGCUGGAUCGUCGAUAACCUCAAUCGGUGCCGCCUCGACUACUUCUAUUGGCUUCUAGCGGGCUUGAUGGUCGCGAACCUGUGCUUCUUCUCGGGGUUGGCUCGGUGUUACAAAUACAAACAAGUUGCGAGCUUGUGAUCCCUCUGCGAUGCGACAAUCCCUCGAAGACCCAGCAGUAAAGGGCAUUCCUGCAUCGGAUUCUGAAUCCUCAAUAAGCCUGAGUGAGCCGCACCUUGUGUACAUCUUGCCUCCGAAAAGUAAUUCACACGCUCAUAACUUCGCUUACAGGAUGCCUCCGAUGUAUCACGAAAUGAAAAUGAAAAGAACAACAAUAAUAAAAAAAAACGGUAUUGACCAUUGGA